AUGCCCGAGCAACGGCAACGCAGAGAGGAGGACGGAGGCGGCAACUCCGGCCUCAAGGGUGCUCUCCAGGGUCUCGGAAUUUUCCUUCUGAUGCAAUUUGUUGUUGGCCAGUUCUUUGGGAACAAGCAAAAUGCAACCUCUUCUGUGCAGCCCGGAAACAUGCCCACGUUUGCGGACCGUCCUGAUCCCAGCGAAUAUGCCGAUUACAGUCCCAUCCCAGACCUGAUCGCCCCGAUUUGGCCGUCCGACAGCACGAUCGACAUCAGCAUCUAUGUGUCACCAUCAAUUGUGGUGCCGUCUUUCAAGUCAAAGGAUAGCACUCUUGUGAUGCAUGAGCAGAACUUCACCAUUGGCAACUACAGCGACACCCGGGAGAUUGACACCGUCAUCAAGCUUCCUAAGCAAGUACAGCAAAAUGGAACCCUCUACGCUCACUUCUUUGUGGCUCGUACGGGACACCCCUUGGACCCCAGCGCGAAGGACUACAACACCGCGGAUGCUGUCCAUUUUCUGCGUCCCUUGAACCAGUACCUGCCCAAGAAGAAGGCAAAGAAGCUCAAGAAUCUGCUCGCUGCGUCGGACGAGGGCGAGAACGAGGAAGUUGAUGACACUCCGGAUGUUCAGACUGUCUCUUACUAUCACCCCAACUUCACUCUCUCAGUUAUCCCCGAUUCUGGAUCGCAAAAGUUCCCCCAGAUGCACCCAGCUGUCCGUCAGUAUGUCCAGCUUGAGCGGACAGGUGCGCGCGACAAGUCUGGUCGAAAUGGCUGGUACUAUCCGAUUCUGUUCCUCAAUACAUUCUGGCAGUUGAAGAGUCACAUGACCGAGCUGAACUCGACAGUGACCGAGGUGCCCUUGCGGAUUACCCUCAACAACUUGGCGAACUGGAAGUUCAGCAUCCUCACAAGUAUUGACGAGGGCUCCAAGCAAAGCGCGCGUCAGGCUGCGUAUGGCGGACCCGUGCCCGGUGGUGGUGAUGGUUCCGAGUGGGAGACGAUCAAAGAGGUUCUCUUGGACACCAACAUCUAUCUUUUGGGCACCACGGGCAUUGUGACUAUCUUGCACAUGCUCUUCGAAACCCUGGCUUUCAAGAACGAUAUUGCUCAUUGGCGGAACAAGAAGGAUAAUGUGGGAACGUCGGUUCGAACCAUCUUGGCCAAUGUGUUCAUGCAGGCCGUGAUCUUCCUUUAUCUCAUGGACAACAGUGACAACACCUCCUGGAUGAUUCUGGCCAGCCAAGGAUUCGGUAUUCUGCUGGAGGCCUGGAAGAUCACAAAAACUGUGAACGUCCGCCUGCGACCUCCACCGCCGAGCUCUUUCUUCUAUUUCCUGCCCUACGUCGUUGUCUUCGAAGACAAGCACAAAUUGAGUGAGACUGAGGAAAAGACCAAGGAGUAUGACGAGAUCGCCUUCCGCUAUCUGUAUAUUCUCGCUGUGCCUCUCCUCCUCGCCUACGCCACGUACAGUCUUUUGUACAACACUCACAAGUCAUGGUAUUCUUACAUCAUUGAGACUCUUGUGGGCAGUGUAUACGCCUACGGCUUCCUCAUGAUGGUCCCCAGCUUGUAUAUCAACUACCGAUUGAAAUCAGUCGCUCACAUGCCGGGUAAGGCCAUGGCCUACAAGUUCCUCAACACUUUCAUUGAUGACUUGUUCGCAUUCACGGUUAAGAUGCCUUGGCUGCAUCGGCUGGCAACGCUCCGAGACGACGUCAUCUUCUUCAUCUGGCUGUACCAGAGUUGGAAAUACAAGAUUGACUACAAGCGUGUCAACGAGUUUGGACAGGGAGGCGACAGUGACGAAGAGGGCGAUGCUACCACCGUUUCCAAGUCAGAAACGAAGGAGAACAAGCAGACAAAGGAGGCGAUGGCCGCGCAGACUUCUGCGGAUGUUGACCAGAAAUCCUCUACCCGCCAGCGGAAGUCGAAAAAAUAG